UGGCAGUUUUCAUGCGACGAGUAUCAACGAGGAUUCGGCAGCACGCGUGAAUUUUGGUUAAUGUUGUUUAUAACAAAGUAAAUGACAAUGUCUCUUUUCAACGUACGGCAAUUCUUUGGCACGUUAUAUCAGCGAUACAUGUUCUCAUUACCGGCAAUACACUUAUCUCGCACGCAAAAGAUUUUUAUUAUCUGCUUCACUAGCGGUUCAAUAUUACUGGGAGGACUGGCACAGUUUUUGAAGAGACGACGAAGACACCCUAUUCCACCUUCCAAAAGGCAUUACAGAGACUACAAAACAAGAUUAGGAAAUAUUAAGAACGCUAAUUUUGAUGUAUUGUCACAAGCAUCUUGGGCGAGAAGAAGUGAAGCCAGCACUAGAAGUCAUAUUAGUGAUCGUGCAUCACUCAUUUCCUCUGUGCCAGGUGGUCCAGACAAUAAUGAAAAACUUACUCCGCAACAAUACGGUGUUCUUGGACUCGAGGCGUUGGAGAAGGCUCUUUAUUGCUGGGAAGACGCGCUCACCGCGUUCAGCUCGACUCUUGGCAACGACACCCUGGCUCUGCCGUCGAAAGCCGACGCAGCGUUCACCCACGAUGUGCAGGAGCUGCUCGACAUGGGCUACCAGAUCCAAAGCCACGCGGAAUUGCUUUUCCUCGAUCAACACUCCGUUUUAUUCCGCAACGACAGCGAGGAGAGCCUCGACAAACCUUCAAACUUUGGUACACGGCUAUUUGGUUUCAGGGAUAAAGCUGACGCCGCAUCAUCGCCCGAAUCGUUCGAAUCUGCACGUGACGGGGUUGCAGAUUUGCGUGAAUUCGAAGAAUUUUCAGAAUUAUUUCCACAUUUUGAAAAGCAAAAGCUUUAUCAUACUGCUCUUAAACAGUACGAGGAUAAAGGCAUUCCUUGCAGGAGACUACACACGGAACUCGUAAAGUGCGGAUCAGACGUGGAAUAUUUAGCGAAAGUGUACUGCCUGCGUCAAGCCUAUACGAAAUUAUUUAAUUUACCUACGGCAACGACAUAUAUAGUUGACGUAGGUCGUCAAGUCAUUAGCGAUUUAAUUAUGUACGCGGAUAGGGAUCCUAAGGAUUACUUAAUGUAUUAUGAGCGUAUGAUGGAGUUCCUACAAGAGUCACGCAAUCAUAGCAUCAUGGAGGAGGAAUUGACCGCCCGAGGUGUCAAGUGCAUGAACUUUUACGACGUGCUUAUUGAUUUCAUACUCUUAGACGCCUUCGAAGACGUGGAAAAACCACCGUCGUCCGUCAGAGCUAUAAUUCAAAAUAGAUGGGUGUCCGCCAGUUUCAGAGAAACUGCGAUUACCUUCGCUCUGGUCAGUCCUGGCAGGCAAACGAAAGAUGCUGAAAUACGAUCAAGGCUUCUUGGCGCACUUCUACUCCAUCUCCGAACAAAUCUCGCCGAUGUACGGUACACCACAGUCGAUGACCUUGCCGUGGAUAUUCUCAGGGAAAUGAAACUAAGAGUCGAUAAUAUAAAUCAAAGGCUGUCGUUAGAAGGUUGCUAGCCAAAUUAAAUAUGUUUAGGCAACAAUUUCAAUACAAUAUGUUGAAUGCGCUUAAUAUUAUAAAUUACAUUGCAUAUAUACUGCGUUCAAUCUAUGUUGUAAAAUAAAAUGUUAAUAUUAAUAUUAAUGAAAUUAAGGCAUAUCUGAUAAGUUUAUAAAAGAUGCAGUACAUCAUUGCACGUUUUAAUUUUCAUUACCGCGCCCAUAAUGAGUAAUUGUAGUAAGCAGUCUGUGAAAUUAUCUUACGAAAUAGUACCACAGAGUAACACUGCGCAUCCUUCCUGUUACCGCCAAUUAGAAUCACGCAUAUAUCAAGUUUUACCUAACAUUUGAAUAUAUCAAAGUUAUAUCAAUUUCGAAGAAAACAUUAACAGACUCUAAUGUCCAGUUCUAUGAAUACAGAAAAUAUAAAAAAAAAUUAAUGGAAACAUUCACGAUAGAUUUUACAUAAAUGGAUGUCAAAUUUAUAGGCACUGGACUUUAUAAAAUUUGGGAGAUUAAUACAUUACGCACACUUACAAUUAAACGCAUGAUUUUAUUUAUUUUGACAAAACAAAUAA